CCAGCGCCCCUCCCUCCUUAUCUGCCCCCCCCCCGAAUCUUCCGCCUGAGGCAGAAGGCUUUCUCUGCAACCGGGAGGUCGGCCUUUCUUUCGAAUAAGCCCCGGGGCACUCGACAGGGGCCCGGCCCCGACCGCCAGCUCGGCAUCCGGCGCACGAGGGGAGGGGCCACGGGGGCGACCCUGCUCCCUCCUCCUCCGGGCCUCCCGGCCGGCUUCUCCCCUCGGUUUCGCGGAAUGCGGUGAGGGGAGACAUCGUCUCAACCCUCCCUCCCUUCGGCGGACCUCCGCAAUGGCCAGGGCCGGAUGCCGCCGGCCAGUCAGGAGCAGCGGCGGAGCACGAGGGACAUGCCCCCCUCCCGACGCUCCGGCCCACCCUCCCCGGUCGCAAACUUUGGCGCUUCUUUCGGGCCCUCCUCGGCGGAGGCGCCGCGCUGCAACCUGAAGGGCCAAAGUGGGCCCCGUCGGGCGAGAAGGACUCGCUUCCAAACAAUGAAGCCCCUCCUGGGAUGCUGCUGCUGCUGCUGUCGCCACCCACAAGUGCUGUGGGCCGCUCUGGCCACCUCCAUGACCAUUGGUUUCACCCUCCAGCUCCUAGGGGUCUCCUUCCAAAAGAGGGUGUCCUUCUCACAGCUGCACCCCAGCCCCAGCCACGGCUGCCAGCCACGGCAGCAUCUGGUGUUCCUGAAGACCCACAAGACUGGCAGCAGCACCAUUGUUAACAUCCUGCACCGCUUUGGGGACACCCGGGGGCUGCGCUUCGCUCUCCCCACUCGGUACCAGUUCAGCUACCCCAACCUCUUCCAGGCGCGGAAGGUCAAGGGCUGGCACCCUCGUGGGCACCCAUUUGACAUCCUCUGCCAUCACAUGCGCUUCAACUUAGCCGAGGUCCAGAAAGUGGUGCCCCCGGACAGUUUCUACUUCUCCGUCGUGCGUGACCCAGUCUCCCUGGCAGAGUCAGCCUUCUCCUACUACCGAGGUGUAGUCCCCGCUUUCCGCCGUGCCACCUCUCUACCUGCGUUCCUGGCCUCCCCACUACGCUUCUAUCGACCCGGUGAGCGAGGGAACCAUUAUGCCCGCAAUUUGCUCUGGUUUGACUUUGGCCUCGAUCCACCGGUGGGUCCAGGGUUGGGCUCGAUCAAGGCUGCGCUGGCCAACCUGGAUCAGACCUUCCACCUGGUGCUGCUGACCGAGUACAUGGAUGAGUCGCUGAUUCUGCUGCGCGACGCCCUUUGCUGGAGCCUGGAGGAGGUGGUAGCCUUCCGGCACAACCUCCGCAGCCCCCGGGCUGUGAGCCCCCUGCGGCCCUCCGAAGCAGCCCGGCUCAGGGCCUGGAACCACCUGGACUGGCAUCUCUACUCCCACUUCAACCGCACUUUCUGGGCCCGCGUGGAGCAGUUUGGGCAUGCCCGCAUGGCCAGGGAAGUGGCCCUUCUCCAGAAGCGCAGGGUAGAGCUGAUGAGGCAUUGCCUGCGGGGCGGGGGGCCCCUGGAGCCAGUCCAUAUAGCUGAUGAGGGCAUCCGCCCCUUCCAGUUCGGCCAGGCCCCUAUCCUGGGCUACGCCUUGCAACCCAGCCUGCCCCCUGGCGACCAGGAGGGGUGCAGGCGCCUGGUCACCCCUGAACUGCAGUACAAGGACUUGCUGGAUGCCAAGCAAUUUCCUCCGCUCCUGCCAGGCAAUGGGUCCAAGGCUGCUGCUGGGAACAUGUAAUGGUCCAAAGCGGGGGCCCUUGGGAGGCAGAGCAGCCUGUGGCACUCUAGAAAGGACCUCUGAAGCCAAUGCACAGCUGAGCCACUCUAGAGGCAACCCCCCCCCCAAAAGCCAGCCCUCUUCCUCUCAGAUCCUCUCCCAGUCAGGAGCUUUGUGUGUGUGUGCGCGCGCACAUGCCUUGAGAACAAUGCUGCUUCCAUGGUCACUAUCUCCCUCCUCCCCCCCUCCCUGUAGGGACAGUUUCAGAUGUCAGGCAUGCAAAGCCCUAUUGACUGAGGCAUUAACCUCCAGCACCACAUCUGUCCUAUGCUCAGCCCAAUGGGCCAGGG